AUGAGUUUGACGUGCUUGAAAAUCACAGAAGAAGAUUAUACUGAUUUAACAAUAUCGGUAUUCCGGAUACCAACCAGAGAACGAUUAUCAUGCAUGCUGAACUCAAAAAAAAUUUUGCCUUCAUCUGAAAAAUUACCUAGGUGAGUAAUAAAUAUUUUAAGUAGGUAUCUACCUAAGUAUUUAAAAUUUAAUUAUUUGAUUUAUAGAGAUUGGAGAGGGUUAUGUACACUUUUGAACUAUACAAUACCAUUAGGAUGUGACCCAAUUGAUCCAAUUGGAAAAAUAUUCAAGUUCUGUGAAGUGAAAUCUACCAUAGCAAAUUUCUUAAAGUGUCUAGAACGAAUAGACAGGUAUGAUGUUAUCGAAGAAACAAAUGAGCUAAUUAGUGAGUAUUAACAUUAAUUAUAAUUACCAUUUAUAAUCAAUGGUAUUAAUAAUAUUAUAUUAUUACUUAUAACCUAUAGUUAUUGUAAUUAAUUGUAUAAUGUGUUAAAGGAAAUAUCAAUGUAGUGUUUGUUAUGUUUGUUAUUGUAUUUAUUUGUAUGGUUGGGUUAGGUUAUUGGCAUAAUUAAAAAAAGAGGGUUACUUUGCUCCAAAUGUAAAACAUUAUAAAAUUUAAACAUUUACCUACUAUAGCUUAAAUUGUAAAAAAAAAAAGCUGAUACUGGUGUCAACAGUGACCACUGUUGUAAGUGGGUAGUGCGAAAAGUGGGAUAUAUAAAGUUAUUUAAUCUUUUAUACUAGUAACCAUCGAUAAGCCAUUAACAAUAAAAAACGAUUUGGAGCAAAGUUCAGUUAUACAUGUUUUGAAAAGUCGUAAUAUUAAUGUUUGUUGUCAAAAUUUGAUAUUAAAAUAGAUAAAUAAUAAUAAAAAAAAAAAACUACAUUAAACUCAACUUUUUCUUAUUGACCACAAUUUAUAAUGAAUCUCCUAUUAAAUCUUCAAGCAUUUCUGUUUGGUCUAACAACUUUAUCCACUGAGUACUUACUAAAUAAAACUUUCAUAAAAGAUUUGUUUGAAGUAUAAAAUCAUUAUUGAUUCAAUGUUCAAUAAAUGUGUUAUUUUAACCUGUCUAACCUAGAAACAUUACUUGCCAUUGGAAUUUUUUUUCUUUUCUUUUUUAUCGCAAAAAUGAAAAAUUCUUUCUAAAUAAAUUCUAACAAAAAGCACUAAUACUGCAGGAUACAGUUAUGGCACUGUUGUUAGGCAAGCCUAGAUUAAGGGAUGGUAGGAGCCACGUCCUCGAGGCUAGAGAAAUAGGGUCCCACAAUGACCAUAUUAUACUUUGUUAUACUAUAUUAUUUUUUUUUACUCAUAUUUUAGAUUCUAAGUGGUGCAAGAAAUGUAUUGGUUUUACAGUGAUAUUUUUAUUUUUUCUACAGAGAACUUUUCUAGCCGAAAUGUUACUCCAAUUUUCAAGUAUUGCACUUCUGAAAGGAAAUUGGACUGUGGUGGUACUUAAGGGGGGUAAUUUUUUGAUUUUCCCAGGGGUUUUUCCAAUAAAUGGGAAAAUAGAUACAAUAUUAAACAAAUAUUAUUAAAUAAAAUAUAAUGCAAAUGUAUUUAUUUUACCUUAAUAUGAUAUAUAUUAUUAACAAAGCAACAUUGUUAACCAAAAUCUGUUUUUUCUCAGAAAUGGUUAAUUGUUGCAUUUAGAUAUUCAUUAAAUUUCCCUACUUUUCACCUAUCUAUGAUCUUGGAGAUCAGCAUUUAACAUUUUCGACUUUUAUUAUUUUUUAUUUUGUUUUGUGUAGAUCAAAAUGUUUUUACCAAAUAAAAAUGCUUGAAAAUCCAAUAUGAGAUUCAUCAAAAUUAAAAUUAAAUAAUCAAAUUGUCUAGCAUUGUGUUAUUUGCAAUUUUCAACUACAUAAUAAAGUCGCACAAUUUUAUUAUGCUCAAUAACAAGUACUAGUUUAUUUUCUAAUAUCUACUGGUUUAACCGUUUUAAGGAUCCGACAUAAUUUAUUUUAAAGAAAAACAAUAUUCCAUAGCACAUCCAGAGACAGUGAUACACCUUAAUGAUUUCAAUUUGGAUUUUGCCAAUACUAUUCUUACUCUAGGUAAAGUAUGUUUAAAUUGUUAAAAUGUAAAAUUUAUUUUAUAGGUCUAUUAUAUUAAUUUUUAUAAUUUGUAGAUGAUGAAUAUGCAUCCAAACAUGGUCUUCCUUUUCCAAAAUAUGAUGCAUUUUUACUGUACGACGAUGCAGAUAUACAUUUAGCUGAAACUGUAAUAGACAAAUUAGAAAUUGAAUACAAACUUAAGGUAAUAUAUUAUUAUUGUUAUAAAUUUAUUGCAUGACUUAAAGCUGAUUAAACAAAAUACUCAAAUAUUUAAUGAAUUUCUAAUACAAUUCUUGAGCUUUAUUUUUAAUUUCAAUAAUUUGUGUGAUAUGUUAGAACUAGAAAGUGUCAUUAUUUUGACAAAAUCAACCAUUAGCAAUUUUAAAUAAAUCUUAAUUUAAUUUAACAUUUAUAAUUUGUAGUUGUGUUUAAAAGAACGAGAUCUUAAACCAGGAAUUAUGUUUGAAUAUCAGUCAAUGGUGAGAUUGAUAUCAUCGGAUCGCUGUAAAUGGUUAAUUAUCAUUGUAUCGAAUAAUUUUUUAAAUAGUCCCUGGAAUAAAUUUAUUAUGAAUUAUGCUCAAUCAUUGGCCGUUGGUAAGGAAUAAUAGAUGUCAAUAUAAUAGUUUAUAAAAGGAUACAUUUUAAUAUAAACUGUGCUUAUAUUUUUUUUGCAGGACAAAUCUCUAAAAUUAUUCCAUGUGUAUUCAGUGAUUGUAUAUUACCUCAAGAACUCAAAUGGUUUGCUUACAUAUUUUUCAAUAAAAAAAAUCGAGUUUACGAUCCGUGGAACAAACUAAGAAUAACUAUAUCAUCCAAUAUAAAUAACAAAAUAUUGACAAAGUUAGUCUUUUAAUAAGGUAUUUUUAUAAAUUUUUAUUAAUUCAAUAUUAUUUUUUAGUUUUAUUGAAAAUAAUAAUUAUCAGAAGUUAAAACUAAAGAAAAUCGAUGAAUAA